UUCGACUGCCGUUACGUGACGACAACAAGUGGCAUGUUCGAAGCUCUGUGCAACCACAUCAAGUACAGCACCAACAAGGGAAACAUCAGAUCCGCUAUAACAAUAUUUCCUCAACGGACGGAUGGUAAACACGAUUACCGCGUUUGGAAUCCGCAGUUAAUAAAUUAUGCAGGAUACAAACAGGCCGACGGUUCUGUUAUUGGGGAUCCUCAGAACGUGGAAUUUACAGAAGUUUGCAUGAAGUUGGGAUGGAGAGGUGCCGGUUCGAAGUUCGAUAUAUUGCCGCUGGUGCUCUCCGCCAACGGACACGACCCCGACUACUUCGAUAUACCGAGCGAACUUAUCCUCGAAAUACCGCUGACCCAUCCCACUUUGGACUGGUUCGAAACUCUAAACCUGAAAUGGUACGCGCUUCCUGCAGUUGCGAACAUGAUGUUCGAUUGUGGAGGUUUGCAGUUCACUGCUGCCCCUUUCAACGGUUGGUACAUGAGCACAGAGAUCGGAUGCAGGAAUCUCUGCGAUUCUUACAGAUACAACGUCGUUGAGAUCGUGGCUCAAGGGAUGGGUUUGGAUACAAGAUCGCCAAUUUCUCUGUGGAAGGAUAAGGCAAUGCUGGAGUGCAACGUUUCAGUACUGCACAGUUUUCAGGCAAAAGGUGUGACCAUAGUCGAUCAUCAUACCGCUUCGGAGUCCUUCAUGAAGCAUCUGGAGAACGAAGUUAGGUUGAGGAACGGAUGUCCUGCGGAUUGGGUCUGGAUCGUCCCUCCGCUUUCAGGAUCCGCUACACCUGUUUUCCAUCAAGAGAUGGCGUUGUACUUCCUCAGACCUUGCUACGAGUAUCAGGAUCCCGCUUGGAAGACGCACGUCUGGAAGAAGACGCGCGGUGAGAAGGACGUGAAGAGUCUCAAGAAGCAACCGCGAAAGUUCCAUUUCAAGCAGAUCGCUAGGGCCGUCAAGUUCACGUCGAAGCUGUUCGGAAAGGCCCUCUCGAGGAGGAUCAAAGCCACAGUUCUAUACGCAACGGAGACCGGAAUGUCCGAGGGUUACGCUAAGAAGCUGUGCGAGAUAUUCGGGCAUGCAUUCAACGCUCAGGUGCACUGCAUGACCGAUUACGACAUCAGCAAUAUCGAGCACGAGGCUCUUCUUCUCGUAGUCACGUCGACUUUCGGGAAUGGAGAUGCUCCGGAGAAUGGAGAGGAGUUUGCAAAGAAUCUAUAUACACUGAAGAUGAACGAGCUUGGAAUCGAUAAUGGUGACAGCAAAUUAAGUAUGGCUAUGGCCACCUCGAAGUCAUUCAUAAAAGCGAACAGUCAAAUAGAUAUACAUAAUCCGAAGAAAUUGGACCGUUACGACUCGCUCCGUGGCUCCGUUAGUGAGCCGUUGCUGGAGGACACCUUCGGCCCAUUAAGCAACGUUCGAUUCGCCGUCUUCGCGCUCGGAUCCAGCGCCUAUCCGAAUUUCUGCGCCUUCGGUCAAUACGUAGACAAUCUCCUAGGAGAACUGGGAGGCGAGCGGCUGCUGAAGAUGGUUUCCGGGGAUGAAAUGUGCGGACAGGAACAGGCAUUCCGGAAAUGGGCACCGGAUGUAUUCAGGGUUGCAUGUGACACUUUUUGCCUGGACGACGAUGAUUCGUUCUUAGAAGCGACGAUGACCCUGCAAACAGAAAAUUUGAGCUCGAACAGCGUUCGUUUCGUGGAUGGAAAAUCGCUGGAGACUGAAAUUAGUUUAACCAAACUGCACAACAAAAAGGUGUAUCCGAGUAAGCUUCUACAGAGAACGAAUCUGCACGUGGAGAAAUCUGAAAGAGCUACAUUAAAGUUAGUCCUGGAGUGCAACAUCUCGUACAAUCCGGGAGAUCACGUUGGCGUCUUCGCACGAAACAGACCCGAACUGGUGGACGGAAUUUUAGAAAAACUGAUAGGAGUCAACAAUCCCGAUGAGAUUAUCCAACUUCAAGUGAUGAAGGAGACGCACACUUCUAACGGUGUUGUGAAGACCUGGGUUGACCAUGAGAAGAUCCCGGCUUGCUCCCUCAGAAGUCUCUUCUCCGAGUACUUGGACAUCACGACUCCUCCAACGCCAAAUCUUCUUCAGCAGUUUGCCUCGAUAGCCACCGAUGAGGAAGAUCAAAGACGGUUGACUUUAUUAGCUACUGAAUCGGCGGCUUACGAGGAUUGGAGACACUGGAGGUUUCCCAAUCUCUUAGAAGUGCUGGAGGAAUUCCCAUCGGUCAAUCCAUACGCACCGCUUCUUGUCGCACAGUUAAGCAUGCUCCAAGCCAGAUUCUAUUCCAUCUCCUCAAGCAGAGCUCUUCAUCCUGGACAAAUCCAUCUUACUGUUGCCGUUGUCAGCUAUCGAACUCAAGAUGGAAGUGGUCCUAUGCAUCACGGUGUAUGUUCCAAUUACUUGCAAGACAUUCAUGUGGGUGAAUCGAUCUACAUGUUCGUAAGAAACGCUCCGAAUUUCUAUUUGCCGACGGAUCCCUUGAGACCUAUAGUCAUGAUCGGACCCGGAACUGGGAUAGCACCGUUCCGCGCCUUCUGGCAGCAGCGACUCCACCAGACCAAGACGAACGUCAAAGUAGGAAAGAGCUGGUUGUUCUUCGGCUGCAGACAUAAAGAAUUAGAUCUUUAUCGAGAGGAGAAGCAGGAGAUGAUUGACGCAGGUGUCCUUACAAGGGCUUUCCUAGCUUUGUCCAGAGAACCAAAUAUCGAAAAGACUUACGUUCAAGAUCUGGCUUUGAAAGAAGCCUCGGAAAUCUUCAAGUUGUUGGUCAUAGAGAAAGGUCACUUUUACGUUUGCGGAGACUGCACGAUGGCUGAGGACGUCUACCACACAUUGAAGACCAUCAUCCAAAGAUUCGGUAACAUGAGCGAAGCGCAAGUGGACAACUACAUGCUCAGACUUAGGGACGAAAACCGUUACCACGAAGACAUUUUUGGCAUCACUUUACGUACAGCUGAAAUCCAUAACAAGUCGAGAGAAUCGGCGAGGAUCAGAAUGGCCUCAGAACCGUAAUUACAAUACAUCUUUUUAACCUCAACCAAAGGAUUUGAUGAAAUGAGGCAAAAAUAUGUUAUGGAAAAAUCAUUCUAGUUAUAAGAAGUUUUAAACGUUUCAGCAAUAAUCAAACACUUUACGAUUAAGAUUUUAAAGAGUCUCUCUUUCUCUCUCUUUAACAAAUUUAUUCCAUCUCUUAACAAUGUACGAAAACCAUUUUUUUGAACAUUAUUGGAUUUACUCGUAAUAUCCAAAGAAAUACUUAGAAUUUGUCAUUCCCAUAUCAAUAAGCUUUGAAACUUUUUAACACCAAAUUUACUUUUUUUUGUGCUUUAAAUAUUUGUAAUUUAUUUACUACAUUUACUAAUUGUGCUUAUCUAUUAUAUAAUGAUUAACUGCGACGUACAAAUAAGCAAAAUCACUAUAUUUUUUAUUAUUUUAUUGUUUGUUUUUUUCUUAAAUAUUCAUUGACGUGAUAUAACAGAUUAAAC